UUUAAUGCUCCCUUCGACCGCCAUAAAUUUUAAAUUUAAUCGACGAUUAACUCAACGGAAUUGACCAAUCGCAUUGCGUUCCGUUCAGCGGUUGGUCAAUUUUAAAUAACAUUUUUUUAUUUGUAAAAUAAAUUAUAUUAUUUCGUAUAUAUUAUAUAUCAUAAUAAUAAUUGAUAAAUGCCACCGUGAAGAAGUGAACGAAACGUCAGAAAUAAAUCCAUGAAAGACGCGGCGCUAAUUCGGAAUGCCAAGUGAAAUAUUUAUAAAUGCCAAUCGGUGAGAUCGCAAAAAUAAUAACUGAUUUUUAAACAAUUUUUCAUCAACCUAUUUCGCUCUUAUUUUACCUGCUUUAGAAAAUAACCUUCCGGGACUGAAGAACUGAAGUCGCCGAAAUCAAUGACUAAUAUACUUAAUUGCUAAGGUUAUUAGGUGAGUGAUCAGUCAAAUCGAAAAAAUAAUCGCCAUCAGACGGUCAGGAUGGACAGUAUCGAAGUUAAAUAUUAAAAAGUCGACUAUUUGGCAUUAAAACGAUUGAAUUGUAUCGAUUAUCUCUACUGUACGCUCGCAACAACAGAUGAUUCCGUCAGUGAGAAAAUUAACGAUCGAACUGACUCGACUUUCGCAUGGAAUCGUUUGAUUUCAAUCGUGUAAAUAAUCGAUACUCGGGAUCAUUUUCGAGCAGGAAAUUCUUUGUAUACACAAGUCGAACGAGUUUCUCUCGAAUUUGCCGUCACGCAUGCGGUCGUGCAUAUGAAUUAGCUCAAUUAUCUCGUUAAUUGCUCUCCUUUCUGUCGUAACUCGUCGUAAAAAGGAAAUAUUACGAUAAUAGCAAUUAUCGUGUGAUUUUCAAGGACUGUGAAGAAUGUCGACGCGAUAUUGUUGGUAGAAAUUCAGAUUGAUUUCUGUCGCGUACUAUCCUGAAGCGAGGCGAUUAGACGACAGUGAGCGGCGUAAGCAUGGGCCGUAUCUCUCCUUCCGAUGCAAAAGUCGCAUCUUUCUGCGCUAACGAGACGAGAAGGAGCCAAACUGAGAUAUAGUCGCGAAUAUAUAUACGUAAUGGAGGCGGCAGGCUAUUCUUCGCAAAGCAGAAUCGAAGAUGAUGAAAGUCGAAACUCGACAUCGCGUGAUGAGGAAACCGCGGAGCCACGAUUCACGUGUUCCUUGUACAUCUCGCGUGGUCUUCAAGAGCAAAGCCACAUAGGUUGCGAGUUGUUGCGAUCCCAUCUCGAGGAGGCAAUCGCUGCCGCCGAGCCGUUCUCGGCUUGGCGAGUCACAGAAACGCCGUGCGGCCUGAUUGCCGCCUUCGCCAGAGAAAACGACGCCGAGAAAUUGCUGCAACGCGGCGAUCUAGGCCAAGUGUUCGGAACACCUGUACAGGUAGCGCGAUUCUCAGCGAGGGACUCUCGGUACCGCCAGGCCGUACUACUGAGAGGCGUGCCGUGGGCCAUACCGCUCCAGGAUAUCGAUUCGGCUCUGACCAAGCAAGGGAUCGCCAUCGGGAACGUCGAGCGUGCGAGGCAAUUUGUUCGAGUAGAGGUUUUCGACGCGGGCCACUACGAGGCCUUGCUGCGCCAAGGUCUGGACUUCUUCGGGGCGGCGCGCUUCAGCGCUGUCCCGGAGAGCUGGUGGCGUGGCGGUAAUAAUACCGGAUGCUCCAGCAGUAUGCUCUCGCAGUGCGGUGACGCAGUGACGUCGAGUGUCGCCGAUGGAGUAUUGCAGUGCUACCGUUGCCAGGGUUUCUGGCACGUCGCUGCCAACUGUCGUCAUCUUCCACGUUGCGUACGCUGCGGUGAACCGCACAGCGUCGAAUUCUGUCCGAGACCGCGUAACAACCCUAUAUGCUGCCACUGCUCCGGGCCCCAUCACGCCGGAUAUAAGCAAUGUCCAGUCCGGCUACAACUGUCCAACGCGACGCCCGUGAGCAUCACGUUGAGCACGGCUCGUACGGGAGGUCAAUAUCCGAACAAAUCGAAUCAUUCGUUGAGGCAAGGCCACUGUUAAGAAUCGUGCUUAUCGAGUUAA